AUGGGCGUUUUAAGAGUCAAAGUGUUGGAGCUGGAAACUCCGGCUUCGGACACGCAGAACACGAAAUUUUGCGCGGUGAAAGUGGAAAUACGAGACCCGGUAAAUAAAGAUGCGCCUCGUCAAAAACGAAAAACGGAGAUGAAGGAAGUGUUCGACCACCGCAUCGACUUCGCGGACGCGUUUGAGUUUUCCAUCGACGAGGAGAAAAACGAGGAAUUGAGAAUUUUAUUGUUUAAACAAAAGACGAGUUCGUUUAUUGGCGGGAAGAAAGCGGUGGCGAACGCGGCGUUUCACGUGAAGCAAAUCGUGUUGAACUGCGAGAUGUUAAACGGAGAAAUCGACAAGAGUUUCAACUUGUUCAAUCGAGACGGAAACGCGGUUGGUGGGCAAGUGAGGUUAAUUCUGACGUAUUAUCCGGAUAAAAAGACCCCAGAGAGAACUGGUAGAGAUGGAAAAGGCGCGAUUCCGGAUUACAACGACAAGGAGUAUUCCAAGGAAGAGGAAGCGGCGGCGAAGAAGAUUCAAACUUCGUUUAGAAAGAAAAACAAAGCGAAGAACGGACAAUCCGGAGGAGGUCUGGGUGGAAAAGCGAAACUCCUCUUGGGUGGAUUGAUCUCCUACGGCCUUUUGGCGUUCGUCCACAACAACCAAGAGGAAGAAAAAGCGAAAAAAGAUCCAAAGUAUAAGAAGAAAACGUUGAACGAAAAGCUCUUCGAAAAGAAGAGCGCGCCAGCAAACAAAAACGGUAAGAAGAAGUAA